AUGGCAAGCCCAAAAAAGCGAAAGGCUGGAGACGAACCAGCAUCAAAAGCAAAGAGAAACAAAGUCGUCAUUCCCGAAUAUCACCUCACACCUUCACGCAGGGAUGACUCAGGUGAAACUGUGUGGCCAGCUCCGCAAGGACAGAUUGACCGCGCGAGGGAGAUUAUCAUGGAAUGUGCCAAAUCUCAAAAGUCAACAGUGAUUCUUCCAGAUAAAGAUGCCGAUGGGCUAUCCUCUGGUGCUAUACUCCACCACACACUCACGACGUUAGGACUCUCGGCAUCCAAUAUAUCAGUUUACUUCCCGAAGAAGGGAGAGACAGUUUUCGAUGAAACCACACGAGAUGCUAUCGCUGCUCUCGAGCCAUCAUAUGUCUUCGUCCUCGACCAAGGAUCUCGGAAGUCGGGAUCAUUGAUCGACUCUCCUGCUCAAUGCCUCAUCAUCGACCACCAUCACGCCGAGGAAAACGGAUUCCCCGCCGGAGCAGAAUACGUUACAGCUCAUGACUGUCCACCGGUAGCAACAAGCUCUCUCCUCACCUACCACAUCUGCCUACCUCUACACCCUCAGCUCGAAUCCAAAAUAUCCUGGCUCUGUGCUGUAGGAACCCACGGCGACCUAGGAACCACACUCAAAUGGCUCCCUCCAUUCCCGGAAAUGACCUCGACCUUCAAAGACCACCCCAAGAAAACCAUCAACAGCGCAGUCUCCCUCCUCAACGCCCCCCGCCGCACCGCCGAGUACAACGUCUCUGACGCCUGGACCGCCAUCAUCGCCGCAACCUCCGGCCCCAGCACUAUCAUCUCCAACCAUAAGCUCAACGCCGCGUCUUCAGAGGUCGCGCGCGAGACCGAGCGAUGCACGCACACGCCCCCCAAGUUCUCCGCCGACGCCACCAUCGCGGUCCUGACCAUCAACUCCCUAGCCCAGGUCCACCCAGUCAUCGCAACCCGCUGGGCCGGGUUCCUCAAGUCCGACAAGUUGGAAGUGGUCAUGUGCGCCAACGAGGGGUACCUCCCCGGGAAAGUCAAUUUCUCGUGCAGGGUGGCGAAGAGUGCGCGGGCGAGGGAGGGCGAGGACAAGGUGGAUAUCAUUGCGAAGUUGGAGGGGAUCGUUGAGGGCCAUCGGGAUCUGAGGGAGAGGUUGGGGGAGAGUUUCGCGAGGGGGCAUAAGGAGGCGAGUGGGGGGAUCGUGGGGAAGGCGGAGUGGGAGGAGUUGAAGAAGCUUAUGGGGGUUGGGGAGAAUACGAGGAAGAAGGCGGAGAGUCCGAAGAAGGGGGCGCCGUCGCAGAAGAAUACUCUUACUAAUUACUACUCUAAGGUUUGAGAAGCCUUACACAUAACUAUAUAUCUUAGGGAGUAACCUGGGGUUUGGGGGAUAUGGCAAGUAUUACUGGCAUGGCAUGGCGGUCUGGGGAUUUUGGGGAGUUACGGCAUAUAUCAUUGGCAU